UUGGAAGCAUGCCCACCAUAUUUAAUACGUGUCCCUCUCUAUAAGCACCACUGUGUCCAGAGGCUCGCCAUUUCUGUGAGUAAUGGACUAUCAUCAGAACCCUAAACCUAGCUGUAAUUAUUCUUAUAUCAAAGAAGGUUUAGAUCCGUGGACGAUUGAGUUUCAGCCGUCGGAUUAUCUCAUGCUUGAUGAUGGAUUUGGUGAAGAUGAUUCAUCCUCGCAAAAUAUGGUAUCAUCGGAGCAAGUUGCCAGUGGCUCAUCAACCGGAUACAGUGGUGCAACAUCAAGAAAUAAUAGCAUAAAAUGCAGGAAUGGAGUGAAGAAAAACAAGAGAGAAGUGGAGCAUAGAGUUGCAUUUAGAACAAAAUCUGAGCUGGAGAUCAUGGAUGAUGGAUUUAAAUGGAGGAAGUAUGGAAAGAAGUCAGUCAAGAACAGCCCAAAUCCAAGGAAUUACUACAAAUGCUCAAGUAGUGGAUGCAAUGUAAAGAAGAGAGUAGAAAGAGAUAGAGAAGACUCAAGAUAUGUGUUGACUUCAUAUGAUGGAGUGCACAACCAUGAGAGCCCUUGCAUGGUCUAUUACAAUAACCAGAUGCCUCUCAUGGCUUCUAAUGCUUGGACCUUGCAACCUUCUUCUCUCCACUCUUCUUCCUUUUCCUAGUUCAAAAUAUCUAUAUAUGGAUGUUUACUAAUGGAUUUAACGAUGAAAAAAUUCAGUCAAUAAAUAUCAUUAUAAUAUAUCAACAGAAAAAUA